AUGCGUCUCGUUAGCUUAUCGCCCAAGGCGAAGGAAAUUCUUCACACAGUCGGCGAGGACGCAUAUCCGAACACCGAUCUGAUUGUGCACUUGGUUGACUAUAUCAUGCAAACCACACAGGACGGUGCCAUUCUGGUAUUUGUUCCUGGCAUCGGAUGUGACACCUCGAUCGAUUCCCCGUUCGGAUCCGUCGAACCGGACACCGGCUCACAGGUUCCGAGCUCCGUUAUGGUGCUUUACAGAUCUGGUUUUAUAAUCAUAGGUUUCUGUUAUUGA